AUGCUGCGUUUGAAUCCGACGCAGCUAAGGCUGGAUGCCAGAGACCUAACCUGGCACAUAGACCGUCACAAUGAACGUCAAACCGUGCGUGCCACAGGACCACCGACCAAUGUGAUUAACAAGACAAGGAGUCCCAAGAAAAAGCAACACGACGCUCGCACUCACGAUUCACCCUACUCUUUUGCCCAACCGGCUACAGCCAGAACAACAGAGGUCACCGGCAAGCACGAAGACUCAAUAAUCUCUAACGAACCAGUCCCUCACGACUCAAGAUCCUUCUGGGAUAGAGUACUCGCGGAUGCUGGAACCCCUACACGGACGCAGACAACUUCUCUGGGCAAUGCGACAGUGAUAGAGCCCUCCAAUGACUUCCUCGAGAACAAUCAUUCCUCACGAGCCUCAAUCGAAGAAAAUUAUACUGACUGGCAUGAUGACAACGACGUUGGGGCCCAUUACAGUGACCACCUGCGGUCGCCUUUCCGUGAUACCGAGGCGGACCUCUCCUCUCAAUGGCCACUUCCGUCCUCCUCAGGUUCACUUGAAUCAACAAGAGUCGACCCCUGCGUUGAUGCAAACAAAGCAGAUGAGGGGCAGAAGUUCCCUUUCGAGAAGGUGGUAAAGACUGCGUCAGCAAAGCGUCGAUUGUCGUUCAACAACUUCAAUUUCUUCCAUCGGAAGGUCACGCCAGACUUGGAUGGGAGUCUCGAAGUCAAUGAACUCCACUCUUUUGCCAACGGAGAUUCUGAUGGCCGCUACAACUCUCAUUGGAGCCACGAUAGAAGCAAAUCAGAAUCAUCCAAUAGCAGCGCUGGCGGAGACAUUCGUGAUGGAAUGUAUGGUAGCCGUCGGGAUAGGCGUACAAUUUCCACCAACCUGGAGACCUACGUAAACGGCAGGAGUGAUGCAGAGGGCAGCGGGUCUAGGCACUCAUCCAAUGAUACCGCCAGUCGAUCUAUGCUGCCAACAAUGCCUUCACCACCACAUUGUGAGGACACUCCACGUCACGCAAGCGGUCUUCCGAGAUCUUCUUUGUACAUUUCCCAAGCCGCAAUGUCAAGCUCUCCACAUAAGGGUCCAGAAACUAUAGCGGGCUAUUCUGAGACACCUGCCUCCGAAGGGCUUCUGGCAUUUCCUCCAAGGCGUCGUAAGAGGUACAAGCGUCGCAGCGAGAGCUACCCUUUUGUGUCAUCAGAAGAUCUAGACAUGUCUGCUCUACCACAGGUCGAUGGGCCUUCAACAUUCAAGAGUAACUUGGUAAAUCUACCGUCCCUCACCCUUUCGUACCCCUCGACGCAUAACAUGGUACCCACUCCACCACCGGGCCUCCCAGCUUGGAACUAUCACCCUAUUGGUGCAUCACCAGCUGGUUCCCCCAACCACGACCCAGACUACACUACUGGUAGAUUACACGGUCAAACUCAAACGAAUUACGAAUGGUCUUCGCCUCAUGAAUCUUAUCAGGAUUCCGUCGAGAUCCAUAGCUACCGGUCUCAUAGCAGCAUGGGUUCCCACCACACUCGCAUUGCCUCCUCCCAGAGUCAGCUGGGCACUGUUCAUCCAACUCCAUCCCGUCGCAAUCUUAGUCCUUUUGCAGAACCUUUCGUCCCAAGAAGCGCUCGUCGUCAUCCCUCCCCACAGCUACCUCUUCCGCCGCCUUUCUCCGCUACGCCACGAAACCUGUCCUUAAAUUCUGUCUUCCCUUCUUCUUCCGUCUCCCCGCACACACCUCCUUCCCGCCUCCCUUCCUAUCCCAUCUCUCCUGUGCCACAGUCACACGCCCACAUACCCAUUUACAACGACAAUCUCUCCCCAACGACUCAACCUCAAACGCCGGCCGAGCUCUCGCGCAACCGACGACCGCCCUUGGCGACUCAGAAUCCUUUCAACACCGCACCCGCUCCUUCUCGGGGUUUGACGACGCGAAAUGAGAGGUUGGCUACUUGGCAAGCUUUCGCUACGCCGACGAGAAGGCCGUCUGCCCGGACGAGGAACUACAGGGAUUAUGAGCAGGAAAAUGUUGGGGCGGUGGACGCAGAGGAGAGGCGAUUGAGAAGAGAAAUUGCUACAGGAUUGGGGAUGGGUAGGGAGGAGAUGGAGAGGGAUAGGCAGAGGUGA